AUGUUUUCUCCCUGUAAGGCAGGAAAAGUUAAGCCAGUUGGAUACAGAGUUGCAACCUGUUUGACGGAAAAACUUCCCAGGCUUACUACUCCCCCAGAGGCAAAGAAAUAUUUCAAUUUCAGAUAUCCACCUCCUGGAGAAGAAAGAGUAUUUUAUGGCAGAGCAAAUGAUCCCCAAAUUGCACCUUACUUGACACAUGGAAUAAGAUCUAAAAUUUCAAUGCCGGUGAGCACAUUGGUAAACCCACAGCCCAUUACCACAUUUCAACAGAAAAUUAAAGACAAAAAAGAAUCUAUAUAUUUUAGCAAUCAACGGGCACCACUGGGAAAAUCUCAUGAUCAAACACCAGGAUUGCCUAAAGGAAUGGAUGUAAUCAACGCAACAUUUGGGACACCAAUUAUCAGAGAGCUGUCUGCUAGUGACAUUGUGAAUCCACCAAAAGCCUUUGAAGACGUGUUUAAAGAAGGACAGGAAGGACAUGAUUUGUACGUUGUCUCUCACCAUGAUUAUUUUGCAGGAGAAGCAAAGAACCGAAAGUAUAACCCAGAAAGUUUCCAUAGGUUUAACUUGUAUGGAGUCCCAACACCUCAUUUUAAUGAUGGGCGCACGAUGGCUAAAACUUUAUAUUGGCUCCAUGAACUACAAAUGAAACGAGGAGCUAAAAUUGUAUCCCAAAGAGCUGAUGACUUCAAGGAAAAGUUUCAACACAAACUUGGAAGAGUUUUAGACCCAAUUGCAGAAACUAUGAAUGUUGACCCAGGCCACACAUUUGGAGCUUGCCUCCAGCCUGAGGACUAUGGAGCUGGUGAUCUCAUCCAUUACAGACGCCCUGGUGAAUAUCUUCGUGGCAAAGACCGCCAGCGAGCCCUGAUUACCGCUGCUCGUCACCACUUGAAGAAAUUUAAUUAUCAACACUUUAACACUUUGCUGUCAGCUUUCAGGCACUAUGACAAGAAAGGAGAUGGGGUGAUUGACAGAGAAGAACUGCAUGAAGCUUGUGACCAGGCAAACCUACAUCUAGACAAGGUGCUUCUGGACCAGCUGUUUGAUUACUGUGAUGUGGAUCAGGAUGGCCUGAUUAACUAUCUGGAAUUUGCCAAUUUUCUUAACUGGAAAGACAAAGUACCUCUCACAGAGUAUGAGAAGAGGGUCAUUAUUAAAGGUCAAGGUAGUAAACGAGACUGUGAAAACAUUACUGAGACUAGUGUGAGAGAAGCUGAACCAACUCUUCUGAUACGGCCUGAAGACAUUGUCCCCAAAGAACCAGGAAGUUCAGAAGAGACUCUCCGGGUACUUCUGAGACCAAGUGACAAAGUUUCAAACCACUAUAAGACAACUUCUUCUGAGAUCAGUGCAACUGUUGGAGCUGUUCCUUCUAUAUGUUACCCUAUAUAUGGUGUUCCGACCGUUCGAUCUGACAUUCCCGCUCCUCGGAUUCGUCGUGUCAGUGACAGAAAUAACUAUGGUGAAGAGGGCAAUGCUUACUCCCUGCUGAAUCCCUCCAUCUUCUCCCAGAAAGGCGUGUUUGAGAGGGACUUCUUCAAGGCCAGAUCAAAGGAAGAGAUUUCAGAUAUAUUAACUACCAUUGGAGUCAAGCUUUCUGAUGAAGAAUUUGAAAAUGUAUGGAAUCUCGCGUCAAAAAAACACCACAGAGGAGAAGUUUGUGUUGAGACCAUCAGGAAUGUUCUAGAUGAACUGCAGCAUGCAGGCCUAGUCAAGUGUAAAACGGUCAUGUGAUAUUUUGGGAAUUCACACAUUUAAG